AUAAGCAAGAAAAAAGAAAAAAAAAACAUCGACGUGUUCGAGUGGCAUUUAAAAAAAUUUAUUUUUAUUUAGUUGAGCAAAUCAAGAAAAAAAUUUCCACUAAUAAAAUAUAUUAACAUUUUAGAAAGAAAAUAAAAAAUGGUUUUAGCGGACUUAGGCCGUAAAAUAACAACGGCCCUACAUUCUCUAAGUAGGGCCACUAUAAUAAACGAAGAUGUAUUAAAUUCUAUGCUAAAAGAGAUAUGUGCAGCUCUAUUGGAAGCUGAUGUAAAUAUACGUUUAGUAAAAGAACUUAGAGAGAAUGUUCGUUCUGUUAUUGAUUUCGAAGAAAUGGGUGGCGGGUUGAAUAAAAGACGGAUGAUUCAAUCUGCUGUAUUUAAGGAGUUAAUAAAAUUGGUUGAUCCAGGAGUUAAACCUUACCAGCCAGUUAAAGGAAGACCAAACGUCAUUAUGUUUGUAGGUUUACAAGGUUCUGGUAAAACAACAACAUGUACAAAAUUAGCUUAUCAUUAUCAAAAAAAGAAUUGGAAAUCAUGUUUAGUGUGUGCGGAUACUUUUCGAGCUGGUGCUUACGAUCAAAUAAAACAAAAUGCAACUAAGGCUCGUAUUCCAUUUUACGGUAGUUAUACAGAAGUCGACCCUGUUGUGAUAGCACAGGAUGGUGUUGACAUGUUUAAAAAAGAAGGAUUUGAAAUGAUAAUUGUUGAUACCAGUGGUAGACAUAAACAGGAAGAAUCAUUAUUUGAAGAAAUGUUGGCAGUAGCAAAUGCAGUUAAACCUGAUAAUAUUGUUUUCGUAAUGGAUGCAACAAUUGGUCAAGCCUGUGAGGGUCAAGCAAGAGCUUUUAAAGAAAAAGUAGAUAUUGGUUCAGUUAUUAUUACCAAAUUAGACGGUCAUGCGAAAGGUGGCGGUGCAUUAUCAGCUGUUGCAGCAACCCAAUCUCCCAUUAUAUUUAUUGGUACUGGAGAACAUAUCGAUGAUUUAGAACCAUUUAAAACAAAACCUUUUGUUAGCAAAUUGCUAGGCAUGGGUGAUAUUGAAGGUUUAAUUGAUAAAGUAACUGAAUUAAAAUUAGAUGAUAAUGAAGAAUUAUUUGAGAAAAUUAAACAUGGCCAAUUCACCAUACGUGAUAUGUAUGAACAAUUUCAAAAUAUUAUGAAAAUGGGACCUUUUUCCCAAAUUAUGGGUAUGAUUCCUGGGUUUUCCCAAGAUUUUAUGACGAAAGGUGGUGAAAUAGAAUCAAUGGCUCGAAUUAAACGCAUGAUGACAAUAAUGGAUAGCAUGACGGAUGGUGAAUUAGAUAAUCGUGAUGGAGCAAAACUUUUUAGUAAACAGCCAAGUAGAACGAUACGUGUUGCACAAGGUUCUGGUGUAACUGAGCGCGAAGUUAAAGAUUUAAUAACACAUUACACGAAAUUCGCUGCUGUUGUUAAAAAAAUGGGCGGUGUGAAAGGUUUAUUUAGAGCCGGUGAUAUGACUAAAAAUGUAAAUCCAACUCAAAUGGCUAAAUUAAAUCAACAAAUGGCAAAAAUGAUUGAUCCUAGAAUGUUGCAGCAGAUGGGCGGUGUAAAUGGAUUACAAAACAUGAUGAGGCAACUACAGCAAGGUGCAGCUGGCGGAUUAAGUAAUUUGAUGGGAGGGUUUGGAAAAUAAAUGCAAUUUAUAAAAAAAUAGUAAUAUUGAAAAAAUUUAAUAAUUUACUUGCGAUUGUUAAUAUACUUUUUUUUUUUUGUUUUGUAAUCAAAAGUCUUUAGAAUUCUAUAUUUUAGAAUAAUAAAACCCAAAAUCCAAUAAAAGUUUUUAAUGUUCUGUUUGUGACAACAAUAAUAUUUCAGAAACACAGAACUUUUAGAAGAUUAGAGUAAUGGAAUUAAUAAAAACUCACCUAAAAUAUAAUUAA